GCAGUUUGAUUAGACAAAACAUAGACAAUGAUAAGAUGUUACAGCGAUCAUUGCGUCAAUACGAUACUCCAAAUGGAAAAGUCGAAUAUGAGAAGAUAAUAUCGUCUGCUGAAAAGUUGUGUCCACAACAAUUGAAACAAAUCUAUGGCAUGAGUUUCGGAGCCAACAUAACGGUUCAUAAGCUGAUGUUGUAUCAGUUAUACGAUGAGUUAACUGGUGGCUACGGCAAAGACACAAAAAUAUCAACAUCAACCGUCAUAAAUGAAAGUAAUAAAAAGGCUUUAAUAUUUUUUGAUGUUGACCUUGAAGAGAAUUUUGUCAACUAUUACCGGGUAUGGGCUGAAGUGAUACCAGCUGAAGACGAAAUGGGUGGUACGUUUAAAGCAGUAAGUAGUGAAUGGCUAGCAUACGUAAAGGCUGGUACCCUGCCGGGACAACUGUUGACUGAGAGAGGCAACACUACAGUAACUGUUAACAGGAAAUUCGGGAAAACGCUUGCUAAAAUUGCUCCUCUGCUAAUACCAAUUCAAGUAGUAGAAAUAAUUGAAAUGGCUGAAAAAAAUAAAUUUAUAAAGAUUGAAAAACUAUUAGGUGAAUUGACUGAAUCGUUCUUGGAAAAUAGUGGAAUCGAAUGGACGCGCUAUAAUUUGGACUUGAGCACUUUAGAUUUUGUUGCCAAACGACAUUUUUUAAAAAUAAAUAUCGAUAUCAACUCAAGAAUAACUGAGGAUGCCAAAUAUAAUGUCGAGCGUAUACCAGUGGCUUCGAAUACCCCUAAUACAAAAUAUUGUGGUUGGAGAAAUGACAUUUUUAAUGCAGUUACAUCUUACUGCUUUGAACUGUAUCUAAACAGCACGGAAAACCGAUUAAGAAAUGACAUACAGUCAAUGUCAGUGACCGGGGUACCGUAUUCGUCAAGCUUUGUACGCUUAACAUGUGUCAAAGAUUAUAAUGAAGGGACCAUGGGUGUGUUCAAAGUCAAUCCUAAAAUACGCCCGUCAGGAGUUUUAUACUUGCCCAACACAUAG